AUGACUCGAAAGGAGGCCUUGCAGAGGUCUCGACUGCAGGAUGGAGGCCACAUCAUGGCGUUGGAUGGCGCCUGCGUCAUGGAGAACUGGGAUUCCUCCAUCACUUCAGCGAAAGGAGUAAAAUCUUACGUGGAGAAGACGAUGGAUCUCAUGCGAUCCCGGGGAUACAAGACGCUCUUCCAGGUCCAGUCUUUCGUUCAACAGAAGUUGUUCGUCCCAAUGGACAGCAAGUUGAAUGGUGAGAUCUUAACUUGGAUCGCCAACAGCAGCCUCUAUGAUGGGGUGAAUCUCUUGGAGAUCAAUCUGAUAUGUUCCCAUGGUGCCUCCAUGGCUGUUGCACUGGGACACAGCAUUUCCUCCGAAGAUUUCCAAAGCUGCAGGACAGAUUGCCACCUCGCAUGCCAAAGGCAUGGGGCGUGCGAGCAGUUGUAG